GGAGGAGGAGGAUGAUGAUGGGGGAGGAGGAGGGAGGCUGUCGCGAUGUAAAUCAGCGAGCGCCGACGUCACCGCUUCCUCCCACCCCCACAGCUGGUCUGCUCCGCACACAACAUCAGCAACAGGCGAGCACACACGGAGGGGGAGAGAGCAACAGGAGGGGACGAGAGAUCUGAUGUUAACCGGGAGGGCCCUCUCUCGAUGCGUCUCGUCCUUCACAAGGAACGCGCCGGUUCAUCUCUGCUGAGAAACUCGAGGAAGCGCAUCAUCAUCACCACCAUCCUCCUCCUUCCUACCUUUGCUUCUCUUUGUCUGUGACCUCCAGUCCAGCAGGCACACUCCUGCCGCGCGCCAGUGUCCGCGUUCACGUGGUCGAUGUGUGACAGUCAGAGGAGCUCGCGGUCAACGUGGCUGGCUUGCUGAAGUCGUGAGCGAGUUUGAGCGGCGGUGACGGACGAUGUCGGCUCUGUAGGCGUCGCUUCUUCGGCAUCACCAAGCUCUUCUCCUCCACCAUCCUCGCUCCGCUUCGACGACGGCAGCAGCUGAUAAAAGCCAUCGGCCGCUCGUGAUCAUUUAGCGCAGCGCACGCCGACCGCGCGUCUGGUGCGUUGUAACUGAAGUUUCGUGGGACAAGGUAACUAACCUCUUUGACGUGGCGUUGAACGGCAACAUCGCGGGAGGGACGAGCGCCGGGCACAGAGUUCGCGAGCACCUAUUAACAACACCAGUGGGGGACAAAGACACACGGCCACACACACGCGCGUGCCGCAGCAGCAGCAGCAGAGAGAUAGACGGACACCUUGCCCAAUCCCACACAGCAUUGUAGAGAUCGAGGAUCAACGGGGGAGACUGUUUGUGGAGAGAGAGGGGGGGGGGGCGAUCACGUCUUAAAGAGCCGAGCACGCAACGUCAACCCCGUAGUCAGGCGACAUCCGAGCAAGCGGCGAUGACGGGGAAGGACCACCAGCUCCGUCCCAGGCUGUGCCACAUCGUCCGCAAGGACAACGGCUACGGCUUCCACCUGCACGGCGAGAAGGGCAAGCCGGGCCAGUUCAUCCGCCGCGUCGAGGAGGACUCCGCCGCCGAGGUGGCGGGGCUCAGGGCGGGCGACCGCCUGAUCGAGGUGAACGGCCUCAACGUGGAGGGCGAGUCGCACCAGACGGUGGUGUCUCUCAUCAAGUCGGUGGCCGUCGAGACGCGGCUGCUGGUCGUGGACAGGGAGACGGACGAGAGGCUCCGGCAACUUGGGCUGCGCUGCGUGGAGGAGUUCGCGCGCACGGGGAUCGUAGCGUCGUCGGCUGCUCCUCCGGCGGCCACGGCCGUCGAGCGAGAGGAGGGCGGCGGCGGUGGCGGCGGCGGCGCUGCGGAGGAGGAGGAGGUCGAUGGGGGUCGUGGCCGGUCCACGGCCAAUGGGAAAGGUCAGAAUGGGGCCCAAGAUGCCGCGCGUGGAGGUGGCAAGACCCCGGUUCAGGAUAGGAUUUCGGACACAAGCAGUAGCGGCGGGAGCAGCAUUGGAAAGGUGUCCUCUCCGGGGACGCCCGUCGAGCCGAGGCCGCGCCUCUGCCACAUGGUGAAGGGCCCUGGCGGCUACGGCUUCAACCUGCACAGCGAGAAGAGCAAACCAGGCCAGUUCAUCCGCGCCGUCGACGACGGCUCCCCCGCGCAGCUCGCCGGCCUGCUGCCCCAGGACCGCAUCGUCGAGGUGAACGGGGUGAACAUCGAGGUGAAGCGGCACAGCGAGGUGGUGUCGCUGAUCAAGGCCGGCGGGGACGAGACGCGGCUGCUCGUGGUCGACCCCCCGGCGGACGAGUUCUUCCGCCGCUGCGGCGUGUCCCCCUGCCCCGCUCACAUCGCCGGUCCCUUGCCACAGCCCCUGCCGAACGGGACGCCGAAGAGCCGGACCAACGGGAGCCUCUCCGAGAAUAACAGCAGCGAGCCUCCAUCUCCCAAGCAGCCCGGCGACUCUCCACCCUCCCCAUACUCCCCUCCGGCGAGCGACGGGGAUGCCAAGCGGGACCCGUUUGCCGAGGUCGGCCUCGACCUGCGCCUCAGCGUGGCGGACGCCAAGGAGAAGUUCGUGCGGAAGCGCGGCGGCCGGCGCGCGCCCCCCAUGGACUGGAGCAAGAAGAAGGAGCUGUUCAGCAGCUUCUGAAGUUCGCACGUUGUGCACUCACCGCCCCCUACCCCCCCCCCACCACCCAACCCACCCCCAAAUGCUCACAGCACGCACGGCCAUCCACUGCAGCCGCAUAGCCUCGGCCUCCAGAGCGAAACCUCCCAGCAACCCACCGCCCCACAGGCUCCACCGGUCUCCCUCGCAGUGCCCGGCCACCGAGCUUCUCAGCCCCCUCACUCCUCAUGUCCCAACCCUCCCAGCCAACUUCCCAAAUUCCAACCUCCCCCCUACCCCCCCCCUCCCCCCAAUAUCCCCAAGCCCCUCCUUGCCUCUUAGCCUCCAUACCAAAUUCCCAGAGAUCAUUUACCCUCUUAAUAUCCCUGCCUUCCAACCUCCCAUUUUGCCUUUCCCAGCCUCCCAACCUCGCCUUUUGAUCUCCCAGUCUCCCAUCCACCCAGUCUCCCGUUCUCUCAGCCUUUCCCUUUUUGCCCAUUGGUGCCUCCCCCCCACCCCCCCCCCCCCCUCAAUGGCAGCUCGUGGCCUUGGUUUUAAGCAGGUGACAAACUCCAUCGGAAGUUUUCCUUUUAUUUCUUUCUUUAUUGAUUUCAGAGCCAUGCUCUCGGCUUCUUGUCGCGAAGUAACGGCCGUCCUCAUUUGGACCCUCGGCGCAAACGUUGUCAUUCGCUGAACUUCUGUGGCAGACAAAAUAACGUUGCCGUAUCUUAGAAACUCCUCGGGGAUCGUCCUGAUACCACCGAGACCACAUUUGUCAGACAGAGAUCCCCUAUACAGCCGGCAAAUAAUAUUUGGGCCAGUGCUGUCAGCGAGUGCUCGUUGUGGCCAGCACGGCGCACGGGCGGGUGGGUGGCCACCACCACGCUCGGCCGACUUUUGUCAUCCCUGUGCCGAAGGCUGCAUAUCGUACCAGGUGCCAAUUUAAGGCUGACGACCUCGUGGGAGGGCCAGAAUCUUUGUCUUUGAAACUUCAGAUACCCAAACGCCUGCAUGCCUCGCCUGGAACUGUCACUUCGCGUUGGCGUUUGAUUGCCGGCCAAACCAGAACCACAAAGCUGCUGUUGCCACUUCCCCAACAACACCCAAGACGAUUCCGGAGUGAACACACGAACAUCGUCAAAAUCAGUGUAUGCGUUAACCUGCCAUAGUCUGCCCCGACUCACCUCCCUCUUGUCUCUAGUCAGAGAAAAAAACACAACAUACAUGUGUAUGAUAUUAAACACGUAUGGUGAUUAUAUAGAGCGGCAAAUACACUUUUACCAUGAUUUCUUCUCCCACACACACACACACCUACCGCCCCCCACUCCCCCACGCUACUCCCACAAUGCACUUGGCUCACAUGGCACACGGUCAGUUUGUGGUAAUUGACUGGACAGUUGUGUGGAUUGAUAGGAUAUUGUAUUUUAUUUUAUUAUUAUUUUUAGUUUCCUUUUUUGUUAUCGAAUAGAGGAACAUUUGGAUGUAACUCGCAGAUUUGUAAGCGGUCGCCCAGGUUAAAAGUCACGAACUAUGACCUACGAAAAUCACGGAGUCAGCUUCUUCGGUUCAUCUGAAUGAAUUUUACCACGAUUACGGAAGCGUAGAUUUUGUUGUUGUUGUUGUCGUCGUCGAUUGCGAGUUGAUCAUUUAUUACAACCAAUCCGAUUUAUAUUUGUCGAUGAGCAAAGGAAAUGACGUGUCGGGAAUUUGCAAGUUUGCUUCCACGGAAUGUUAAUUAAUCGAUUAGCGGUCGCAUUUUGUACUAAAUUUUCACGAUUCCUUGCGACGGUCUCGGCUUUCUAGCGUGUAGCAGUUUUUCCCGUCGGCCUUAAAACUGGAAGCUCAGUGUUAAAAGAGAUUGUUGUUAAUCAUUUUACUUUAGGUAGGGUGGGGGGGGUGAAAAUUUGCGACGAAUACACUCAAUUUAACCCGUUUUCUCGAACUAACACGCUCAACGAAACUAAUUUAAAUAAGCAACGUCGACAAAUAAGCAUGCUCGAGAUUUAGUUUAUUUUUGUAGCGCACGAUGGUGAACUUCCUUUCCCCACGAUUUCGCCGGCGCGUUCACAUGAUGGCAACUUGUCCCCCGACCCCAACUCGCUCGAAGCGGCAUUAAUAUUCACCCUGAAUCGUGGCUGACGUUUUCAUUGCCAGUAUUUCAGUUUCGACCGUCGAGGCUUUGCUUUGUAUGAUUUUGUGACGCAUAAGUCCAGGUGGGAAGAAAAAAUAUUUUGGCAUAAAAAAAAUACCCCAGUUUUGACUUUUCACUCUGUGCAUGCAAUCUUCUAAUGAGGGUUAAAAUAAAGUAAAAAAAAAAUGCACGAAAAAAUCUUACAAAAAAACUGUCCAAUUUCUACUUGAGUUUUCACGAGUUUGAGAAAGUCGACGACUCACCUCUCUGGGACUCUUGUCCAUUGCCCUUUAUCCAGUGGAGGAAAUUCCACAUUUCUCUGACAGGGGUGGGGGUGGGGUGGUAAGUGUAUCCACAGAACAGCCGUGAUAGUCAUUUUUAUCCUUCUCCGAGCGAGUAGAGAUAAUGAUGACGACGAUGUGAUGAGCCGCUCCCUCACCGAAGACUUGGAACGUGUGCGACCUUCCCGAUUGGCGAUCGAGUGCCCAGGCUGGAUAAUAACGAAUAAGUGUCUCGUGCAUCGUGCACACGCUCGGCACUCUCAGGGUGUCGCCGCCUUGAUGGUUACAGGUGGCCUUAACUCCAUGGAAAAGGACAAUCUCGAUUAAACUUGUAAACAUAUGCUUGUUUAUACGGCACGCCUGUCUCUCCUGUGGACUAUACUUACUCUAAUAUAUUUUUGUACGAUUGUUUGAAAGCCACUCGAAGUGUUUUAAUGCGAGGAGACCCAUUUUAUAUGGAGGCACUUUGAGCAUUGCCCUGUGCUCGUAGGCGAUUUGCGCUAAUGAUGCACCAAUUCAUCUAUUGGUAUUCAGUUCACGAUGCAUAUACGCAUCGAAGCGCACCUGUAAGAAUGUUUUUUUUUCGAUUCCGAUGUUUUUUUGUAAUGAAUUCACGUGACCCCCCCCCCCCUCCAGCCACUAGAGGCUGCUACACUCGCCAAACUGGCAAAACAACAAUUUAAUCUUGAAUCGAGUCGCUAACUCUACACACGGCCAUUCAUUACGAUCGCCGUGCGGAUCGGGUCUCGAGUCCUUCUAUCACUCAACAGGCAACUAACUCCAGAAUCGGAAUCGAUGUGUAUUUAUACAGCAGGAGGAAUCCGAUGAGCUAUGAAGCUCUUUUUCACAGAUGUCAAGUAGGGGCACGUGGUCAGAACGUUACCACAACACACAGUGCAAAAUCACGUUAGGAGUACAAAGUUUAGGAAAGGUAAGCAAAUCACUCAAAAAAUAAAAUAAACUUUUUAUUUAACCAAUUAAAGCCCAAUAAGCUAUUAUCUUGUUUUUCAGAAGCGACCGGGCCACAAAUGAUCGCUCACCGAAGUGGCUUAUCAUUACGUGGAAAUGUAUGGCGGCAGCAGCAGACAAAUACCCUAAACAAUCUAAACGCAUGUUUCUAAACUCCACUCUGGGCUCUCGAGCCACAAGUUGCACCUCACCAGUGUUGAGCUCACAGGUCGUAAUCCGGGCAGCGGGGGUUGUAGUUGUUUAAAGUUGGGCAGCCCACAAGUCGCGGAUUGGCCAAUGUGGCUUCUGCGAUUCCAACGUAAACUCUGCUUACGAUAGAUCAUUGUCUAACUUCAUGGCCACAACGACCGCGGUCGCCUUCCCUUACGAACUGUUGGGACAAACCUCAUCGCGGUGGCGGGAGCGUUCCAUUUCCAUACCCCGGAGAAGAGGUGAUGAUGUUGAAGCAUCAUUAGCCAGGAUUUUAACGUGAUGUUCUCAUGCCCGGGGGAGUUCUUAGCCCUACCGAUGGCUCUUCCAAUUAAUUGUACGUGGUAAUAUGUAAAUAAGCACACAUACAUGCACGUACGGUACUAAAACAAAAUCGUACGUUCAUGGUUUAUCUGCAUAAUCAACGCGCCACUAUUUUUUGCAGUGUUUAAACGUCCGCACGAUGCAGUGUCCCAUAAUUUACCCGGAGUGUUGAAGGGAUUGCGAAAUAUGUCAUCUGGAAAUAUUUCAUCUUAAUUUAAAGUGAAUGAAUGUAUGCUGCGCCGUCAAUCGGCACACUGCAGUCGGUGGUCGAAGGCCGUGCGCGAAAUGAUUUCGUGAGAUCACCACGUAUGUCGGGCUGAAACCAUGACAAUUUAAUUGCCCUUUCAUGUGUUAAUCAUUGGUCGAAAAGCAAAGGUCAGGGCCUUGAAAUAUCCACACGAGUUAUUGGUACGGAGCUCAAAUGCGGAUUUGUCCAAUAAUUUAUAUUUUAUUAACUAUAAUGCCAACUUGAUGGGUUCCUAAUUCAAGGUCAGAGAAAUUACUCCAUUUAUCUGAACAUCAGUCACCGCGUCCGAAAUGUAUUCAUUGGGGGAAUAUAAUCUCGCGGCGGUAUAAUUGCGGCCCGUCCAAAUCUGUUUUCCCAAAUCGUUUUUAACUCGCGUAAAGCGGCGCUCACUGUUGCGUAACGACAAACAAAAUCGGAAGCCUCGAGUGGCGUGCGGAGAGAAUUUUAAGACGAGGAAAUGAUGCCAAAUUGUAACUCGUUGCAUCGGCUACCGAAAACUAUUCGGCGUGCUUCGUGAAGCUUCAAUAAUCCCCUUCAAUGAAAACACGUGCCCAUCCGCGACGUGACCACGUGCUGCGCUCGCUUGUGCCGUCUUGCGAUUUGGGCGGCACCCCCGAUGACAUCCGCGGCACCGAUCGUCGGCAAGGGUGCUGGCCGUGUUGACAUCUGACCUUGGCUAUGAGUUUCCUUCAAUACUGCGCGACAAGGCGUGCGUCACAACGCCAAUGGUUUGAUGACAUUUCUUUUAACGAAAAUUGUACCCCACUCCAGGUGGUCCGCUUGUAACGACUAAUCGCAAGACGGUAAGACGGACUGAAAAUGACUCCUUAAAAAAAAAUAAGGCAGGGGACCGCGCCUGUAAAUUCACGGCGCGACGUAGGGGACCGGUCAAGCCUCUGGUUGUGGGUGACCGUCUCCAGUGCUAAUCAGGGCAGCCACGAACGUACGUUAGCAAAUGAAAGGUGCGCGUGAUAACACUGGGGUCACCGUGGCCGUAACAAGCAAACACAAAGGUGGGUUUCCCCGGCUCAGGGUGUUGGCCACCCAGAGCCAGUGAUGGCAAAUUCCACAUUCCCAUGGCGGGGAGCAGCAUGUCUACAGGGAAACCGAUGUCGUUUGCCCGCAAGGCGGUGCACGGGAUGUUAGUAGGCCGGGGUUUGAGGCUCGCCGAUGAAUGUCCUGAAGGGUUCCACAUCGGUUGACAACCUGACCGUAUGGGAUAGGCAAUGGAACGUUAACACUCGGUAGUUGGAUUGUUGUCGUGGCUCUAAUUGGUUUGUGCACGUGCAAGCAUGUGGUGCUGUGGGCGCUUUGAGUUGUGAGAGCGUGGGGGGGGGGGCAGACACGGGUAGGGUGGGCAGAGGAGAUGAUCGUCGAGGAGAAUCGUGUGGUCGUCCCAAUAAUAAACGAAGCCCACGCCACGGGAAUGUGGAAUUUCCGCCACAGGAGGGGGGUGGCGGGGGGGGGACUUGUUUGGGCACAUUAAGGACAUUUUCACUGAUUUGAAAAGAGGGAAGUUGAGGUGGUUUAAUUUCCAGCCAAGUGGUUUUCUAAAUAUUUGCCGUUGCUAACGAGAGUGUGCACUUUCGCGUCCGAUCUUCUGCGUUUCGAGCAUUGGCUUAGCCCAUCGUGAUCGUCACCCCAGGUUGAUAGAAUGGGUUCUCACUUUGUGAUCAUUCAAUUGUUGGGUUCGUUCUGUGGUGAGACUGGCCCUCGUCGCGGGAGAUGGGACAUCCCUGCCACGUGCCGCAGGGCUGCGAACUCUGACUGGCCGGGUCACGUGGUGAACGUUUCGGAGUCGACUGCUGUCUGUCAAGGUGGUGCCACCCGCACCCAGGUUGUAAUGCGGUGCUCGGGCAGCUUUAACAGCUGCUCCCUAACAACGCUCCCUAACGACGAUCUGCUUGAAAGAGCGUGCCUGUAGCAGAGGCGGCAACGUAGAUCGUGUGUGUGCAAAGAUUGAGUGUUCUAAAGCGAGCAAAUCGUCACUUCUGACAUAAUGUACUACAUUCUUGCAAGGCCUGAGGAUGACAUUUUCCCAUCCAUUUGACCGGUCUUUAAUUCCCCCCCCCCCACCCUCAACAUAUAUUCUCAUCAAUAAACCACUGGAUAAAUGUAUUUCCCGCACCUCCGAUGAGCACGGUUGGGGCUACGUACGGUGCGAAAGAAGUUCAAAAUAUACACAUUACACCCCGCCUCUCUGCCAACUAGCCCCCGUUGUAUUAUCAUCAACCAGCAAAGUAAAUUCAUCUUAAGUUAUUGGACGUUCGUCAGGAUUCGUGGUGUUGUUGAGUGGGGGGGAAAUACUUUACCUUGUGCUGGAAAUCGUUCGGAUGAAUACCGCUAACAGCUGACUAGACUUUUAAGUGUUUCUUCAACAUGGUAUGUGUAUAUGACAAAGCAUCAUAAUGAUUAUUAUUGACUAUCCCUUUUGUUAAAAAAAGCGUAAGAAAAAAAAGAAUGAACGAUGUAGCGAAGAGUGUAUAUUUGUGAUUGUAAGAGUAGAUUGUUUUUUUCUUUCUCUUGAGUGGUAAUCUUCACUUUAAGUGCUGUUUUUCUUACGUUGCUAUCAAUUGUAUGAUUUCCCCUCUUAGCGCAUGCUUUUAGCGUUGGCAUCCGAGACGCUACCGUUCAUCGUUUUGAUCGCCACUGAAAACGGUAGCCUUGUAAAGCUUCCUCGUGCUCCUAUUCAAUUUAUGUACAAAUUAAAAAAAAUACACACACAAAAUAAACCACUUAAUAAAUUUUAACAAUGCAUACAAGAUGA